ACUCAGGGCAUUAGGCUUGCUAGAUAGUCACUCUACCCUUUGACCCAUAUCCUCAGGCGCCAAAGUGCCUUUCUGAAGGAAAGAUGGACAGAACAGGGUGGAAUGGUUUGGGCUUCAGUCCUGGCCACAUCCCAGCUGCAGGCACACAGCUUUUGAAGAGGCCUGGAGGGGUCAGAGCCAGGUACUGGGGACCCCAGGACCAGGGGGAAGAAGGAGGGAGCUGUAGACUUGACACCCUGGUUCAUGCUGCUGGGCCUCACUUGCCUGACUGCCCACCCCUCUCAUUCCUCAAAUGCUACUUUGUAACCUGAAUUGAAAAUGGGUCAGGGCCCUGUGAGGGAGGGGCCCCGGCCUGGAGCACAAGGCUCAGAUUCCCACCUCGUGCUCUUGGAACCCAGUGGCGCCUGGAAGCCCCAGCAGGGUCUGGACCCAUCCCUAACACGGCUGGCUGGGGUGCACACCCCAGGACCUCCCCCACCUGCUGCAUGCCCAGCCGGGCGAAAGGGAGUGGGUGAUCCAGACAGGUACUCAAGCCAGGGGGACAGAGCAAGCCAAGUGCAGGGGCUUCUGCCCGACUUCAAGCCUGAUUGGUGACCUGAGCAAGAGAACUGAGCAGGUGUGACCAGUACCUGUCUGUCUGCAAUAGCCCUGACCCUCUAACCCGUGUCCUGUGAGCGGAGGCUGGAAGCGCCAGCAGCGCCCCUGGAGCAGUGACGGCGCAGGAGAUCCUCUGGCGCUGGCGCGGGGGAAGGGGAGGAAGGAGAAAAAACAAAGGCAAGCAAGCGUGCAGAGCCUUGCGCCGCCCUCCCUGUGCCUGCCCACGAUGUGUCAGUCAGAGGCACGGCGAGGACCAGAGCUGCAAGCAGCAGCGAAAUGGUUGCACUUCCCCCAGCUGGCCCUACGGCGGAGGCUGGGCCAGCUGAGCUGCAUGUCCAGGCCAGCACUGAAACUGCGCUCCUGGCCCCUGACCUUUCUCUACUACCUCUUGCCCUUCGGCGCCCUCAGGCCACUCAGCCGGGUGGGAUGGAGGCCUGUGAGCAGGGUGGCACUGUAUAAGUCGGUGCCGACGCGUUUGCUGUCACGGGCCUGGGGCCGUCUCAACCAGGUGGAGCUGCCGCACUGGCUGCGCAGGCCUGUCUACAGCCUGUACAUCUGGACUUUCGGGGUGAACAUGAAGGAGGCCGCGGUGGAGGACCUGCACCACUACCGGAACCUCAGCGAGUUCUUCCGGCGCAAGCUGAAGCCACAGGCCCGGCCCGUCUGCGGCCUGCACAGCGUGAUCAGCCCAUCAGAUGGGAAGAUCCUCAACUUUGGGCAGGUGAAGAACUGUGAGGUGGAGCAGGUAAAGGGGGUCACCUACUCCCUGGAGUCCUUCCUGGGCCCUCGAACCAACGCAGAGGACCUGCCCUUCCCCCCAGCCUCCUCUUGUGAGUCCUUCAGAAACCAGCUGGUCACCCGGGAAGGGAAUGAGCUCUACCACUGUGUCAUCUACCUGGCCCCUGGGGACUACCACUGCUUCCACUCCCCCACAGACUGGACCGUCUCCCGCCGGCGCCACUUCCCCGGCUCCCUGAUGUCAGUGAACCCUGGCAUGGCCCGCUGGAUCAAAGAACUCUUCUGCCACAACGAGCGAGUGGUCCUGACAGGGGACUGGAAACAUGGCUUCUUCUCACUGACGGCUGUGGGGGCCACCAACGUGGGCUCCAUUCGGAUCUACUUUGACCAGGACCUGCAUACGAACAGCCCGAGGUACAGCAAGGGCUCCUACAACGACUUCAGCUUUGUGACACUUGCCAACAAAGAGGGUGUCCCCAUGCGCAAGGGCGAGCACCUGGGCGAGUUCAACCUGGGCUCCACCAUCGUGCUCAUCUUCGAGGCACCCCAGGACUUCAAGUUCAGGCUGAAGCCGGGGCAGAAGAUCCGCUUCGGGGAGGCACUGGGCUCCCUCUAGGCCUCCGGGCUGCGGCCGAAGUCUCCAUGCAGGAGGCAGGAUCGCGGGGGCUAGAGGAGCCCGGGGCUGCCCGGGGGAGGCCGUGACCGCUCCCGCCUGCAGCGGUGCAGAUGGGCGUUCUGGCUCCAUCUCACCCUUUGAGAAAGAGCCCAGGGACAGGCAGGGUGGCCUCAGAAUCGCUUUUGGAUAUUUUUAUAAACUGGAGACCCCCCAAGCCCUGUAGAUUGGUCUGGUAUUCUUUGAAGGUGGCAAGUGCUGAUGCGACAUGACGCGACACGGCCUCUGGCCACCCCGUUGCUGGACCAUUCGCUGUCGCCCUUUCUAAUUUUUCUGGCCUCGCGCCCCUGCCUCCCCGCACGACACACAGGGUGAGGUGUCUCUUGGCACGGACUGUAGAGCAGGCCACACAACCAUGACAGCCACUUUCUGUUCCCAAAUUCACCUCCCCGUCGGUUGGAAAAGCGAAAACUUAACAUUUGUGGCUGAACGUAUGGCCCUGGGCUUCGCUAGCGUCUUCUGGGGAUGGUGACUAAUGACAGGGACCACUGCAGGGCCUGAAGAGUGGCCUUCCAGAGCUGGCAGUCCUCAUGGCAGGCGAGAGCACUAGCUGACCCACGUGCUGAGGGCGAGUGAAGCGGGAGGCCGGCCCAGGGGAAGUAGGGGCGCAGGACCAGGUUUCAUGCUGUGAAUUUCUCCUGCGGGAGAAGUCAUUGAACUUCCUCAACUGUAUCAGUAGCACAGUAUUUCGUAUGAAAAGUGGGAGACUGCAGAACUGUAAUUCGUUUACUUGCAAGACAUUUUGAAAUAAAAA